AUGUAUUUUAGAGAUCAAUAUGGGUUUGUCAAAUGUACCCAAUGGCUGUCCCAAGAAGAUUAUGAUGCAUUUGAAAAAUCUUACAAACCUGUAAUGGACCGCCGACUUCAAAAAUGGCGACAAAUGCUUUCCGACAAUCACGGACAAUGGCCACAAAAGAGUAGUAAAUUCAAGCGUUAUAUCCGUAAAGGUAUUCCUCCAGAAUUGCGUGGUCAGGCAUGGUUUCAUUACAGUGGAGCCAAGGAAAAGAUGAAUCAAAACCCUGGAAGAUAUGCAUCCCUUGUCGAGCAAGCAAAGGCAGCUGGGUCAGAGAAUGAACACCUUGAGAUUAUCGAACGUGACCUCCAUCGAACCUUUCCCGACAAUAUUAAGUUCAAGGUGACGGCAGAUUCUGUAGAUCCUACUGAUGUACCAAUCAUCCAAGCACUACGUCGCCUCCUGUCUGCAUUUUCGGUCUAUUCACCCUCAAUUGGGUAUUGUCAAUCGCUCAACUACAUCGCCGGUCUCCUGUUAUUAUUUAUGCAGGAAGAAGAGGCAUUUUGGACAUUUGUUGCUGCUGUAGAAGAUAUACUUCCCCCUAAUAUUUAUGAUGUGACUAUGGAGGGAGCCAAUAUUGACCAAACGGUGUUGAUGAUGCUCUUGUCGGAACGCUGCCCUCAGAUCUGGCACAGGGUUGGCGAUGGAAAAUCGUUUUGGGAGUGUGAAGAAGCAGAGGUUGGCAUGCCUACCACUUCACUGGUGACUAGUCACUGGUUUCUUACGUUAUUUAUCAACAUUCUGCCUAUUGAAUCUGUACUGCGAGUAUGGGACUGUUUUUUCUAUGAGGGACAGCGUGCUUUAUUUAGGGUAGCUCUCGGGAUAUUCAAGGUGAAUGAACAGGCAAUUCUGAAUGUGCAUGAUUCACUCGAGGUUUUCCAGGUGGUUCAGGUAAGACAAAAAAGAAUUAAGAGCCAAAAUACAAAACUGACACGUGUGUAG